AUGACGCCAAGUCCGUUCGUGAGCCAGCCGGAUCGACUGUUCCCGCCGCCACCACAUCUUUUGGUGGACUCUGGCGGUGGUCAACGCUUUCUGUUGGAGCGUAUCUUGAACAAACGCGACGUGAACGGCGUCUGGACAAGUUACCUCGUCCACUGGAGUGUCUAUCCACCAGCCUGGGACAGCUGGGAGUCUCGUGCUCAGCUGAUUAUUGAUGUCCUGGGUCUCAUCGAGCAGUAUGAAGAGACCCACCCGCUGCGUUCGAAGAAGGGCCGUCGGAAAACGACCUCCCCGAACGCGAGUACAGGGAUUGCAAGGUGUCAACCCCUUCGGCCAUUUCAGUAG